AUGAGCAUGGUUGGAGAACUUUCAUACUUUUUGGAGCUUCAAAUUAAGCAAAAGAAUGACGGCCUAUUCAUUUCUCAGGAAAAGUAUGCUAAGAACAUGGUUAAAAAGUUUGGGUUGGAACAAGCUCGAAAUAAGCGGACUCCAGUUACGACACAUGUUAAACUUACAAGAGAUACCGGUGGUGCUGAAGUUGAUCAUAAACUUUACAAGAGUAUAAUAGGCAGCUUAUUAUAUUUAACAGCAAGUCGACCUGACAUAGCUUACGCUGUGAGAAUAUGUGCCCGUUAUCAGGCUGAUCCCCUCAUCUCUCAUUUGGAAGUUGUUAAACGAAUUCUUAAGUAUGUUCAUGGGAAAAGUGACUUUGGAAUGAUGUAUUCCUAUGAUACCACCCUUACUCUUGUGGGAUAUUAUGAUGUUGAUUGGGCAGCUGAAGUUGAGUAUAUAGCAGCAGGAAGUGGUUGUACACAAUUUAUUUAG